AUGGUUGACAAAAAGGGUAAGAAGCCUAUGUAUCGAGGUAAGCCAUAUGGUAAAGGAAAUCCAAAAGCUGAUGAUGGGAAAAGGCCUAGUGGGGGAGAUUUUGGAGCUUUUGUUAGAUGUUAUAACUGUGGCAAAGUCGGACAUCAUAGGAAUGAGUGUAAGGCUGAACAGAAAACGUGCUUCAAGUGUGGUAAAGUGGGUCAUGUUGUUGCUGACUGUAAGAUGAAGACUGUGACUUGCUACAAUUGCGGUGAAGAGGGUCACAUCAGUCCACAGUUUAUUGAUACUAGUGAUGAUUGGAAAAGCAGUGAGUAG